UUUGAACAGGAGAACCAGAGGCUUGUUGGUGAAAUGAAUAACCUCUUUGAUGAAGUCAGACAAAUUGAAGGAAAAGUGGUGGAAAUCUCCAGACUACAAGAAAUAUUCACUGAAAAGGUCUUGCAACAGGAAACCGAUAUUGACAAUAUCCAUCAACUAGUUGUGGGUGCAACAGAAAAUAUCAAAGAAGGCAACGAAGAUAUAAGAGAGGCCAUCAAAAACAACGCUGGAUUCAGAGUAUGGAUCCUGUUCUUCCUUGUGAUGUGUUCAUUUUCCUUGCUUUUCCUGGACUGGUAUGAUAAUUAA